AUGGACUCCGAGCUAGACGCAAUUCUUACCGCUCCGGCCAACGACGCCGAAUUCGAGAUCCUCUGGCAGAGGAUGAUGCACACCACGCCAAACCUACCGAAGCUGUUCCCGUCACCACCACACCGACGACCAAGUCCGACCGCCACCGGGACACCGGAACGCUCGACACGCAACAUCGCGCCAGGGUCUCUCGAGGCACGACACCGCUCCGCCUGUCAGCAAAGCUUGCCCGUCCUUCCGGGAACGUCACCGCCCGUCCCAAGGCGUGCCAGGCCGGUCACCGCCAUCCGCGCGCCGCCGCCAGAUCUGGUGCAAAGGGCAAAACCCGCCAAGCGCACCCCUGCGCCUUCGACGAGCCGGGCGACCAGACACCCGGUGGUCGGCGUACGGGUACAGCGUUCUUCGGCAACCAACGCGCGGAAACUCGCCGCACUACUGGCCGAACCGCCGCUAGUACCACGACGAGCCGGCCGACCAAAUAAAAGAGCACGGCAAGAGCAAACGCGCCGCCAGCUAACGGCGCUGUUCGGAGACCCGUUGUCGGACCUGGAUGACGACAACGGGGCUAUCACCGCCACCGCGCCUCAGGACCACGCGGAGGAAACCAGCCUGCUUCAUAAAAGCACCACCUCGACGCCGCCGGAAAAGACCUCCCCAACGCCGGGACCAGCAGUCGCCGCAACUGUCGCCACGCAGACCGCCGCAAGCGAACCCACCGCUCCGACGUCAGCCUUACCGGCAGCCACGAAGGCCCCCCGAGUACCGGAGACGACACCCACGACCAAGACCGGCGCCCGCCCGGACCGACCGCCUCUACCAGUGCGGAUCACCGACGACCUAACCGUGUACGUCCCUUACUACGCGGCCACGGUUUCGCGGGUGUAUAAAGUUCGCCUCGCCAACCGCCGCUUCACGCUCCGGUUUGGUCGUGAUGGCCAGUGCCACUACGUGCGGGAAUUCCCGGCGUAG